AUGGGUCUUGUUUUGAGGUAUUUUGAUAAAAGGGGAUUUAUCAUGGAGAGGUUAGUUGGUCUUGCUCAUGUUACUAGCACUACCGCUGAGUCACUCAAAGGAACAGUUUAUUCUAUGCUUGAUCAGUUCUCUUUGAGUCCAUCUCGUAUAAGGGGGAAAGGUUAUGAUGGGGCAAGCAACAUGAGAGGUGAGCUUAUAACUGGAAAGUGUUUAAAUCAAGAAGUUGGUCUUCAAAAACCUGGGAAUACUCUUUGGGGUACACAUUUUAAAACCUUUUGCAAUUUCAUUAGUAUGUUUUCACUAAUUGUUGAUGUGCUUGAUGCUCUUGUUCUUGCGGGAGAUGAUGAUAUAGCUAAAACUCAAGCUAUUUUGGAUGGUAUUCAAACUUUUGAUUUUGCUUUCAUAGAACAUUUGAUGAAUUUAGUGAUGGGAAUCAUAUAUCCAUUUAGUCUAUCUUUGCAAAGAAGAGAUCAAGAUAUUGCAAAUGCUAUAAGAUUGCUUCAUACUGCUAAGAGACUAUUUCAAAUGACUAGGGAUGAAAGUUGGGAUUCUUUGAUGAAUGAUGUGACUUCUUUUUGUGUAAAACAUGAUAUUAAAAUUCCUAACAUGGAUGAGCUUGCCCCUAUACGAAACGUUUAG